CGGGAAAGUUGUAGUUAGAACCACGUGACCCAGGUUCUUCCUUUUUCCCUGGGACAAAUCUCCAUUGGCGUUGUAGAAGUUGUCAACCCUUGACUUGUGACAGCUCACCAUGUCCGGAGGUUUGGACGCUCUCGCCCUGAAGGAGGAGGAUGUGACGAAGUUCCUGGCCUGUGCCACCCACCUGGGGGCCAGCAAUGUGGACUUCCAGAUGGAGCAGUACGUCUUCAAGCGCAAGGCUGAUGGUGUUCACAUCAUCAACCUGAAGAAGACCUGGGAGAAGCUGCUGCUGGCUGCCCGGGCCGUGGCUGCCAUUGAGAACCCUGCAGAUGUCGCCAUCAUCUCCUGCAAGCCUUACGGACAGCGAGCUAUUCUGAAGUUCGCUGCCCACACCGGUGCCACGCCCAUCGCUGGCCGCUUCACCCCGGGUACCUUCACCAAUCAGAUCCAGGCUGCUUUCCGCGAGCCUCGUCUUCUCAUCGUGCUGGACCCGCGUAUGGACCACCAGCCCGUUACUGAGGCGUCGUACGUCAACAUCCCCGUCAUUGCCUUCUGUAACACUGACUCCCCCCUGCGCUACGUGGACAUCGCAAUCCCCUGCAACAACAAGGGUGUUCACUCGGUGGGUCUGAUGGUGUGGAUGUUGGCCCGUGAGAUCCUGCGCCUGCGUGGGACCAUCUCUCGUGAGGUGCCCUGGGACACCAUGGUGGAUCUGUACUUCUACCGUGAUCCUGAGGAGCUGGAGAAGGAGGAGCAGGCCGCUGCAGAGAAGGCUGCUGCUGAGGCCCAGGCACCCUACCAGCCUGACUGGACCCAGCAGGCUGACCAGGUCCAGCCAGAAAUCACUGACUGGAGUGCCGAGAUGGCAGCAGGGCCAGCACCUGGGGCUGCUGUACAGACUGGAGACUUCAUGCCACCUGCGCCAACUGACUGGGCUGCACCUACCGAGGACUGGGGAGCCACACCCGCACCACCCCAGACUGCACCUGCUGCGACACCUGGGGACUGGGGCGGCGCUCCCACCACACAGGACUGGAGCUAGACCCCAUCCAACUCGCCCUCGCUAAGGGCUAAGCUGUAACAUUGCCACCCAGGCAAAAAUACACGAAAAUAAAAGAGCCUGUCAAGAAGAAA